UUAUUGUUCCGGAUUUCGUCUAGAUAGCUGUCUCUAUUGACCACACCGCCGCUAAUACAAUCCGAUUUCUUGGGAGUCUUCCGUGAAGAAAAGAAAUCCUUCCUAAAUUCUGUUGGUCAUAAUGUCUUCCACAACUACUACAAUUACUAUCCCGACUUCGCGGGCCCCGGCUGCGGCCUAUGGCCAAUCUCCCAAGGCUAGCGGUAGCUCCUCUUCCUCAUAUUCGAGCUCCCCGCAAACGCCUGGUCCCAGUGAGGCCUCGUCUGAACAAUCAGCACGCAAGCCGAAAUCGUUCCACCAACGCCGACCGAGCUUAUUGAGCUCCGCAUUUUGCAAAGACGAGUGCACAGUGAUUAACAUCGGAGAGCCGGAUGGUAUUCCUCGAUUGAUUUCUUACCUUGCUUCAAGCCAAGGCUUUGCAUGGAACCCCGAGCUAUUCGUCCCGUCUUAUGUCGAUGUCGACUACGUCCCCCUCGAGAACCGUCGAGAACCCGUACACGAGAUCCGACUCAGCGACGAAGAGAUCAAGGAGAUGUUACCGCAAUACUGAAACCCUACACAAUAGCUCCUCCUAGAAGGGGAGUUUGCCUUCGAUACCGGCCGUGGUCAGACUUCCAUGAGAUCGUCUUUUUCUUCCUAGAUUACCAAUAACCCUCACGAGAAUACCUUUGCCAUUUUCAUAAA